UAUUAAUAAACUAUAAAAGAUAAAAUCGAUUGACGGCAUGUUAAGCUAUUAUAAAAAAAUAUAUAUUUUGUUACAUGCAGUGUGAUAUAAUCGAGUGAAAAUGUCAUUGGGAAGAAAAUUGACGCAGAAUGAUUUGCGUAAGGCUAUGAAUGAACAGAAGAAGAAAUUUGGCAUAAUUAAAAAGAUCGAUUCGCCAUUAGCAAAAGAUUCAGGUCAACUUAUGUGCAUCUUAUGCAAAUCAAUUGUACGCAACGAAACAGUUUGGCCUGUUCAUUUAAAUUCCAAAAUACAUAAGGAAAAUAUAACAUUAGCAAAAACAACCAAACUAGAAACAGAAAGCACUACAAGAACAUCUAAUGUUUUAUCAUUCAAAAGACCUUUUUCUCCGUCACAAGAUAUUGUUGUUAAUAAAAAGAUAAAAACAAUAUUGAAAAAUUCUAACUCAAAAGAAAUACAAUCAAAAUCAAUCUUGCCAACAGAUUUUUUUCAUAAUAAUUUGAAACAAGUGAAUAGUAUAUCUUUGCAAAAAUUAGAGAGCAAAGAGCCUACAGUUAAUGUUGCGGAUAUACAUUUGGAAGCAGAAGAAGAAAAAAUAAAGGAUACAAAUCUAACUGUUCUUCCAGAAGGAUUUUUUGACGAUCCAAUAAUGGAUGCUAAAGUACGUAAUGUUGAAUAUAAAGAUCCCAUUGAAGAAGAGUGGGAAAAAUUUCAAAAAGAAAUUAAAGAAGAGACUGCGCAAUCUGCACAAAUUAUUGCUGAUGAUCAAGAAGAAGCAACAACAGAAAGACAAAUGGAUGAAAUUGAGGAGCAAAUUAGACAUUGGUCUAGGGUAAUAGAUCUUGCAAAACAUAUGGAGCAAGUGCAAAGUACUGAUAGAAAGCAGGAAAAUAUUGAUGAUGAUGAUUUAAGCAGUGAUGAAACAGAGUUUGAGGAGUUUCUUGAUUGGCGAGCGAAAAAUUCAUAUAAAUAAAACAUUGAUGUGAUUUUGUAAAUAUUUCGUACUUUCUUGA